AUGGCAUCAUCAUCAUCAAAAUCAACAAAUUCACCAUCAAUGCAAGACGAACGAGAAACCGCUGACAAAACCUGGAAAUUCCGAUUCCAAGAACUUUUGGACUACCGCAAGGAACAUGGCAACACGCUCGUUCCACAGCGUCACCAACAGCUCGGAACCUGGGUCUCGGCCCAACGCAAGCUGUAUCGAUUGUUGCAAAAGGGACGUCACGUUCCUCAACUGAAUGAUUGGAAGAUUCAGCAACUCAACGACAUUGAUUUCAUUUGGUUUGUCGGACGGAAUCGCGACAAGAUUUUGGCUCAACUGAUGAUGGAGGGGAAAACACCAGAAAAACCGAAGGCAAUGAACAAACGACAAGCCAUUCCGCACAAGCCUUUUGUCGCACCCAAAAAGAAUAAGAAGCAAAAGACUUGCAACCAAACAACGCGCAGGCGAAAGGCUCGCUGCCAGACUCGCAGCAGCAUCACUCAACUCCAAAAGAAGAAGAUUCACCCUGCUGUGGACGAAUCAUUUUUAGUACAGCAGCAGUGCACGGAGGACGAGGACGAGGAACUCAAUGACCAUGAUUUGGAACUUGCUCGAUUGAUUGCCAACUUUACUACUACGACUACGACUACUACUACGACUACUGCUAGUCAUGAUACUUCUACCAACGUUGUCUUGGAUGACGAGGAAGAAGAACGAGCCGUCACAAAUACUAUGAUGCAAGACUAUCAAGAAAUGAACAACUAUCUCAACACCAUUGCGACUCUUCACGACGACAUUUUCAGUCUGCAGCAAGAACUUUUUCAAAUCAAGUCGACCACUGAAAAACUGCAGAACGAAUUGGUACUUCAUCAUCAUUCCAAGUCUUCUAAUGACACGACGAUUGCCUAG